AUGGUCAAAGGACUGGCGAAGGAGCAGAAGGUGCGUCUCUACCUUGGUGGACUGAAGAAUGUAGAGCAGCUAAUGAAAGGGGAUGUUUUGAUGGGCGACGACGGGAAUCCACGUACCAUCAGUGCUGUGCAUUCGUCAAUGUCCAAAACGUACACCAUUACCUAUUCGUCCUAUUUGGAUGUUAAGGACGACCGGAGUUUUGUCUGUGGAGAUGAUGCUGUUCUUAUUUUAAUCCCCGAUGGGAACCGAGAGGUGAAUAGAAUUAUUAAUACCGGAGCAGACAACCAAUAUGUGGUUGAGUUUGUUGAGCCUGUCACGGACGCAAUGAAGUCCAUCUCUGGCGUCAAGCUGCAGUGGAAAGUCUUUGCACAAGCUGACGACGCGCUUUCAUAUGUGGAUCGUAGUCUCCCGAAUUUUCUCUAUGAAUCUAAGUUGAGCGACUUCAUCAAGUUAGAGCCUAAGCUUCAGCGCAUGUUCAAGCUUGUUCGUCCGCUUCUUCCAAUACGUUUUGUUGACGCAGUAACGGUGAUUCAAGAUGAAACCAAAACAGACGUUGAUAUCUUGAAGAAUAUGGAUAUUCGCCCAACAGACCUGCCAUGGUUGUGUGGCCUCUAUCUGAUUACCGGGAUAUGUAUUGAUGAGAGGUCGUUCCGCUUCCACUUGAAGGAGCUCAAUAGUAACAUUGCGGGAGAGGUUAAGCGUAUAUUCCGCUGUUUGAAUUCCUAUUAUGAAAUACAAUUUGAUGAGGCUUCGGAGAAUUACACCAUUAGGUUCCAAGGUGCCAGUGAGACAAACGACUUUUUCAAGCGGUUUAUGAUCCAGUUUGGAAUGUAUGACGCUCGUACGAAGCGAUACGUGAAGGAUUCAUUGAACCCACAGGUGUAUCUUGAGAGCUUCAGUAGAAUACGGGGCCCUUUUCUAGCAGGGAUCCUCGAUGGUAGCUCUGGGUACGGAUUAUCGGACAUAAACCAUGGACUGGAGUGUUAUAUUAGAGGGAUCUCAUCACCGGCGACACGGGAGGUGGUCGCUGACCUUGCCCGUUCGUGCUCUCUUAGCGCUGUUGUUGACCAGAGUGACAAUAAUACGCUAAUCUUAGCAGGCGGAAUGCUCUUCCGUGUACCGUGUGUCUCCACAAUUCCUAAGGACUUUCCAGGGCUAGUGUCCCUCACAUCCUACCCCAACCCAGACGGGAGCUCUGUUCUGCUUGGCAUGCCUAUGCCAUUCUCCAUAAAAGAGUCUGGCACGCGCGAAUGCUAUUUCUUGGACAUCCAGGAGCCGAACAAGCGGUGCCUUCUCUCCGACUACACCGUUGUUCAUCUCUAG